AUGUUCAUAGAAAUUGAAGAAACAGUCUGUUUUAUUGCUUCGUUCCUGUAUGGAAAAAUUCCGAGGAGCAGAGUUGACUCAUUCGCUGAAGCCGUCGCGAAUGGUCUUGUCGACCGAAUCUACACGCGAUCUGAACCACUGAAGUCAUAUUCACUCGUGGUCAAUGUUGAUGAAAAUAAGGACAACUUGAUCGAGGAGGUCAGACAAUGCAGAAAUAAUAAAACACUGUGCACGACUAGGACACGGGAUAAAUGCAAAUUUGUGGAUCGCUGGUCUGUUCAGGCUGCAUCCUGCGCAUUCAUUUCCCUCCGAGAGCUGAGCAAGCUCCUGCCAGCUAAUCUGCUGCUGGAACUUCGUGAAGGAUCUGUUCAUGCCGUGAAUGCUGAUACUGGAAAUGUGAAAUGCAUUUAUCCGGUACCUGGCUAUUGUAACGAGGGCAAUCGUCGCAAUGGUCGUCGUCCUGCGAGUAGAGCAACAGACUCUCGCCGUCGCCCAUGUUUUCGAGUUGAAUUCGCAUAUCCAAAGGGCAGCGAGCGCGAUGAGAGAGCCGUUGCAAAGCCGAACUUUGAGGUGGAACGCAGUGAACAAAUCUAUUCAGCACAAGCCUUUGCAGCCACUCGAUUCGGAUCAACAAAACUGAAAACUUAUCAAUCAUCGCAGUGUGGAGAUAACGGCUACGGCCAUCACCCGUUCACAAUGCCACUGCUCGUAUUUUUAAAUGUACUCGCAUGUGCGACAAUGAUACAAGGAAUUGAAGAGGGCGUUGAAACUCAAAAGUCCGCAGAGUCUUCGGAUGAUGAAAAGAAGGGACUCCUCGAAGAGACUCAUGGCGAUCGUGCAAGUAGCGGAUUCGUAGAUGAUGACGAACUUAGCGACCGUUAG